UUCCAAAAUGCAUGAAUGACAGUUCUCAUUUGACGUCUACAUGCACUUGAGUGAUUGCUAAAAUAUAAUGUAUAGGUUAUGUUGUACAUAAAAUUAAUUAGAAAUAGAUGAAAAUUUAUUAAAUUAGUUUAAAUAAAACUAUAUACAAUGGAUGAAGAUGCUGAUGAUAAUUCCUUUGAAGAAAAUUAUUACUCGUUUCUAAAUAUACCCAAGACAGCUACCCCAGAGGAAAUAAACAGUGCAUACAGAAAUUUCAGUCGACUAUUCCAUCCGGACAAACAUCAAGAUGCAGUUCAAAAAGAAAAGGCUGAAAUUAUGUUCAACAGGACGAAACAGGCUUAUGAAGUGCUGUCGAAUCCUCAUAAACGAGCUAUAUAUGAUUCUUUAGGUAUAAAAGGUUUACAAACAGACGGAUGGGAAAUCGUAAGUCGAACAAGGACUCCGGCAGAAAUUCGCGAAGAGUACGAAAGGCUGGCACGGGAAAGGGCUGAAAGGAGGUUACAGCAACGUACAAACCCUCGAGGAAAUGUUACCCUAAAUGUUAACGCUACUGAGUUGUUCACAACUUAUGUAGACGAAUAUGAGCUGGAGUGA